AUGGAAUUUAGCGACAUGAAUCCCGUUACAACAGGAGGGUAUCCUUUUUCUUUUAAUAAGAAAGAAGUCAGAAAUUAUUUUAUUGAUUAUUUAGAAGAGGAAGGAAAAUGUUACAGGAAGAAGGAUUUAAAAAGUUCAAUAAUUUUUAGAUGUUUUGUUUUAUCCAUUCUUACGCUGUUACAUAUUAUUUUACAAAAUACAAACAUAUUUGCACGUUAUAGCACUUUUAGAAAUACCCAGUUGUGUAGUAGAUAUACAAGAGAAUUAGCCGAAAGGAAAAAUGCGAAGGUUGGUAAUAAUAAUACAAAUAAUACUAUGUUAAGGGAGGGAAAUCAGGAGCCACCUAAUAAAUCAGUUAAACUAGGGGAAAAAUCAAGAAAUUUAAAUGUGAAAAUGGAUUCUCCUUCAAAAUCUCAACCCUCUAAAACGAACAAUCCGCAGACAGACAGGAAGCAGAUCAUAUUAGGAGAAACUUCUAGAUCUCUUCUUUCAGGAGGAGAUGCAAGUCCUAAGCCAUCCCCUGUAGGGAGGGAUUUUCCUCAACCAGAAAGUAAACCAGUCGAAACAGAUAGACGUUCAAGGCAUAAUAGUAUCGAUAAGGGAGAUAAUGCAGUUUUAAAAGAAAAAAGAGUACAAGGAGGUACUUCAGAAGCAAACGAAAAUGAAAAGUUAGAUAUGAAAAAGAAGGGAAAUGAUCCUUUAUUGAAAAGGAAUAUACAAGAUGGUCAACCGCUAGGAAAGGAACCCUCAGAGAAAAUAGGUGAAAAUGGCAUAAAUGUUGAGCUUAUUAAAAAAAAUGAAGAUUUGGUGAAAAAGGAUAUAAGUAAAUUUGAAAUAAAAGAUCUCCGAGAAUCUAUUAAUAAACCUGACUUUGAAAUUACAUUGUUGCGUAAAUAUAACAGAAUAGUUGAUUGUAAGAAUGUGGAAUUGCCUUAUGGUUGUACGUCUUCUGAUUUUAUUAAAUAUAUGUCGGAAUUAGAUUUAAGUAAAAAGCUUGAGAAUUUAAAGUAUUUUGGAGAUCCUAAAAGUAUGUAUCUUAUAUAUAAAUAUGUUCACGAUCAUGAAAGGGUAGAAUUUUGGAAAGUAAGAAAUAUUUUAUGGAAAUUAUGUGAGGAUUUAGAAGCAAAGUUUAAAAUACCAAAGGAAAUUAAAAUAAAAGAAUGGAAUAAUAUUUUUGCUAAAUUGAUAGAGGAAUUAUUAAAAAAGGAUCAAAAAAGUUAUGCAGAGUUGCAUGAAUUAAUUAAAAUUGGAAAUUGUGUUAGAUCGAAGUUUAUUGAAUUCAUAGUUGGUAAAAGACAUUCAUGGAAGCUGUUCUCCAAUGAAAUGAAUGACAAAUUUACGGAAGAAUUGGCUACUAAUUUAGUGAAAUAUGCAAAAUAA